AUAAAUUCAUUAUAGGUAUUAAACUUCUACCUGGUUGUAAUUUAUAACAAUUAACAACCCAUUGUUCCAGAAUCCGCAAUUGUUUUUACUUGACUUUCAUAAGCAACUAAAAAGUUACUUAAAAACUUUACUUAAUACUCAUCUAAUUUUUGUAUGAUACUCUAAAAAAUAGAGAAAGAUUACUGAUGCGUUAUGUUUAUUAUAACAUUGUUUAAAUGUUUGGUGUAAUGUAUAGGUACCGCAGUACCGAAUUCAUGUAUUAGGUAUAUAUGGCUAUAAAAUUGAUAACCGUAUCUAUAAAAUAAAUAUCAUAUUAUGGUAUCGUCUUAGGUAUCGAUGAAUACAAAACAUAUUACACCGCAACACUCAGCAUAUAGAAAACAAAUUACACUGAAUAUAAAAUUAAAAAUAUCCAUAUUACAUCAUAACCUUUCAUAAUAUUUUAUCUAUAUUAGUUGUUAAUAAAUCUCAUUAGAACAUAUUUUUCAGUCACCAAAAAUUUACAAUAUAAUUGUAUAGAUUCAAAAUUAAUUGUUAUACAAUAUACCUAGAUACAAACAAGAAAUACCUAUAUGAAAUAAAGUAUUUAAUUUAUUAAAAAUGCCUAAUUUUUUAAUAAUGAUCUAUAUUCAUAUAAUAUUGUGGUUUGUAGUAUGUAGGUUAUUUCAAAACUGGGUGUCCAGAAAUAUUUCUGACAUAGUCAUAUAAUAAAAUAAAAGCUACAUAAAAAAAAUACAAAUAGUAUAUUUUGUGUGGCUAUUAAAUCUAAAUUAAAAAAACGGAAUUGCGUUAUUCAAAAUCACAAAAGCUUAUCCUAUCCCUUAGGCGAUGAGUUGGGAUUGGAAAAUAAAAAAAUUAAACCCACGGUGACAAGUAUAAUAGUAAUAUAUACACAAUGUCACAGCUACAACACACCGUCGAAUGUCUAUAUAACAAUUCGUCACAAUCAAACCUUUUUUCCCCGAAAGUAAAACAGCCACGCAAAUCACCACAUUUACAACACUUCUCAUUUCCAUCUGUUUCACCAUUGCAAGACGACAAUGUCACUGCAGCGGUACGCUUUUUGCGUAGUAUUACUCAGCAGAGCAUUGCUUGGCUGCAGAGCGUCGCAGUUUUUUACUGUUGAUGAAGAAUUGAAUACCGUCCGAGAUCUGGAAAACAGAAUACUGGAUUUAGUCGAAUCGACGAUACGGUAUUAUUUAAGACCAGACGUUGAUAAUGAAAAUGUGAACUUAAAUUUAAUGCUUGGGGUAUCCAUAAUGAAAGGUCAAUUUAUGUCGUGUACUGAACAUUCUCGAAUAAAUUAUAAUACUCGUUUCUACAAGAUGUAUAAAUUGAAUACAAUGAUUAGAAAUCUUUACGUGAAAUUUUAUAAAAACAAUUUAAUGGAUUCAAUGAGAACAAUUCUUGAUCAUAAACUCUGGAUUUCUCCCCAAACAUUAAAACACAAAUCAAAUAUUACAUUGCCCGCUAAAAUAUGGUUCGAUGAGGAUAUUUUAGCCUACGGUGAUGCAUAUUUUCGCAACAUUUCAGAUAAAUGCAUUGGUCAAGUAAUUUCUUCAUGCCGUGUAACGUAUGAAUGCUUUCAACUAGAAUUUCAAAAACAAUUUCUCGGUUACGCGCUUACACACCAAGUGUUGUACAUUCAUCUUUUAAAGAGAAUGAAAUGUAACAAUCUGAAACAUCGAAAUGUAUUAAAAGAAAUAAUACAGUAUAAAUGCAGUACAAUUUUUGAAGAAGCUCAAAAUAUGGCCAAAGAUUUUGAAAUGCUGGACAGAUACAAAGAUUUAUUCAUCGAACAAAUUGCAGUUUGUGGAAUGCAAAAUAUGGUGGAUUUCUUUCAGCCGGAAUGGUUUUUAAUUAUUGUGUCUUCAAUAAAACACAAUAAGUGUACUCAACACAAAAAUAACAAAUCGUCUUGUGAUUCACACUUGACAGGAGUAUCAUUGGCAGCGUUGGGAGUGUACUGGAAGUUCCUAUGUUACCAAGUCAAUAAAUAUGGGGCAUAUUGAUUUUCAAAAUACUAUAAUAUAUUAUAAUAUAAUAAUAUAAUAUAAUA